AUGCUGCUGACCGUGGUCGAGGGAGCUGAGGAAGUGGAGGCCCGAACCACUCUGGAGGACCCCGUGGACCGGACCCUGCUGAUGGAGGAGGCCAGUCCGGUCUCCUUUGCUACGAGGGAACAGAAGGAUGCUCCGAGAGGGGAACAGGAGGAGAGGGACUCCUCCCUAGUGUCGUGGGGACUUUCGGAAAGGACUUCGACACCUGUCCCGAUGGAGAUCGUGCCGCAGGCCCAAAGGAAAAGGCGAGGGGAUGAGCGGAAGGAUACAAACAGGAAGGAUGGGACCAGCGGAUUUUCCGAGGAGGACCAGAUGGCCAAGGUAAGACGACUCCCCCUCAUACCCCCAGAGGGAGGAGUGGUCCAGGCAGGGACUCCCGAAAGGCAUUCACCCUCCGCACACGAGGAGGCACAGGAAGUCAUAGUCACCAAGGCCGAAGCCCCCUCUGGGGAGACUAAGGCGGCCCAGCCGCAAGGGGUCUCCCAAGAGGGGAUAAAGGCUAACCUCGGCCGCGGCGCCCGGGCCCAGGACCUGUGGGUACACAGGAUCCGGGAACUGAGUGCCGGGCUGGGGGUGGCCACCGAGCCGAACUGGGUGCCAAUUAGCAGUGAAUGCUGGUUCGGCAGCCCGGACGGCUCGGUGGCCAUGGUGGCUGACCCUGCAGCGGGGACCCCUCCCUGUAUUUUAAGGGAGAAGGGGCCCUCGUACGUGGCGGUUGACUGGAGGCCUAUAACUGUGGUGGGGGUAUAUCUCCCCCACCACAGAAACAAAGCCGGACUUGGCAACCCCGCCCGUAUUAAACAGAUCCUAGACAGGAUCGGGGAUUUGGUGCGCAAGUGCCAUCCCCGACCUGUCGUGAUUGCCGGGGACUUUAACUCCCACUCUGAGAAGUGGGGUUGUAGUCUCCGGCAACGGAAUCCCAGCGGCGAGGUCGUCAUCGGCUGGGCGGCGGGAUUGGGCCUUCUGUUGUUAAACAGAGAGUCCACCGGCACCUGUAUAAUGCCGGGAGGGGUGUCAUCGGUCAUUGAUUUGACAUGGGCCUACCUCUCGGUCGCUAGGAUGGUCUCCGAAUGGAGGGUGGAGGUGGAGGGCGAGACAUUAUCUGACCAUAGAUAUAUAGUCUAG